CAGCUCGGGCAGCGGCAGAGCGACGGGGAGCACAGGUCUUCACUGCUGAUGACGCUGUGACCAAGGCGUCCCAGCCCGGGCGGCGGCCGGCCCCUGCUGCCACAGCCCACCUCUCCAUGCCCUGCCCCUGCCGCCUUUGGGACCCUCUCGCCGCGGCCUGCAGACCCUCCUGCUGGAGGUGAAUGUGAUGCCGGGCCCUUGGUGCACCCCAUGACGCCCCCAGCCUAGCUCCCCUUCCCACCUGGGCAGGAUGUUGGCCAACUCCUCCGCCAACACUUCUGCCAACAGCUCGGCACCUCCGUGCCCUGACUACCGGCCCACUCACCGCCUGCACCUGGUGGUCUACAGCCUGGUCCUGGCAGCCGGGUUCCCCCUCAACGCCCUGGCCCUCUGGGUCUUCCUGCGCGCGCUGCGCGUGCACUCGGUAGUGAGCAUAUACAUGUGCAACCUGGCGGCCAGCGACCUGCUCUUCACCCUCUCGCUGCCCGUGCGCCUCUCCUACUACGCGCUGCACUACUGGCCCUUCCCUGAUCUGCUGUGCCAGACAGCGGGCGCUAUCUUCCAGAUGAACAUGUACGGCAGCUGCAUCUUCCUGAUGCUCAUCAACGUGGACCGCUACGCCGCCAUCGUGCACCCGCUGCGGCUGCGCCACCUGCGGCGGCCCCGCGUGGCGCGCCUGCUGUGCCUGGGCGUGUGGGUGCUCAUCCUGGUGUUCGCCGUGCCCGCCGCCCGCGUGCACAGGCCUUCGCGCUGCACCUACCAGGGCCACGAGGUGCGCCUGUGCUUCGAGAGCUUCAGCGACGAGCUGUGGAAAGGCAGGCUGCUGCCGCUCGUGCUGCUGGCCGAGGCGCUGGGCUUCGGGCUGCCGCUCGUCGCCGUGGCGUACUCGUCGGGCCGGGUCUUCUGCACGCUGGCGCGGCCCGACUCCACGCGCAGCCAGCGGCGACGGAAGACCGUGCGCCUCCUGCUGGCCAACCUCGUCAUCUUCCUGCUGUGCUUCGUGCCCUACAACACCACGCUGGCCGUCUACGGGCUGCUGCGGAGCCACCUGGUGGUGGCCAGCCAGGCGGCCCGCGAUCAGGUGCGCGGGGUGCUCAUGGUGAUGGUGCUGCUGGCCGGCGCCAACUGCGUGCUGGACCCGCUGGUGUACUACUUCAGCGCCGAGGGUUUUCGCAACACCCUGCGCGGUCUGCGCACUCAGCGCAGUGCGAGGACCUUGGCCACCAACGGGGAUCGAGGGGCGCUCGCUGAACGGCCUUCAGAGAUCCACAUCACCAGGCUGGAUGCCACCAGUCAGGGGCUUCUCCAGCCGUCCGGCCCCGGGGCGCCCCUCACCCAGUGUCCCCAGGAUUCAGCCCUCUGAAAGGACAAUGCAUCUUAUUGCAGGCCGCCCGGCCCCCAGCGCCCUGGGUGCAGGCUGGCAGUCUGUGCACGUGGACCUGGCACUUGGACUUCCGGUCCCAACGUCAGCUCAUGAAUGCAGAAACACCUCGGUGUGGAAGCUCAAGGGCCCCAGGGAAGGAAGAGUGCUGCUGAGAUGGCUUCUUUCAGCGGGGCUACAGAGCCGCGGAGGACCCCUUCUCCCAUUGGAGGGAAACAGAACCUUGAGCCAGCCGCUGGCUAAGAGCUGGCAGGCAGAAUAGAAAAUGGGGACCUCGGAGUUGGAUGGCUGGAGGGUCUGAGAGCUGAAGGGCCUCCCGGCUUUGGCACCAAGCUCCCGAGGGGUUCUUUCCUUUGCUCCGGGCCAACCCGAGAGCCAGGGUGGCCACCCGCUCUCCAUUCCACCUAGGCUUCCUGUGCUCAGCGUUGAGCAACACACCAGGGUUUGUUUGACGUGGACAGGAUCGUGUUCCCUUUUUCUUAGGGACUUGUAACAAUUUAGGCCUGACACCCAACACGGGGACUUGGGCCAGAGCUUCCCCCCAAAUCCUAUCCCUGCUCCCUCUUCUAGGUCGUCCAUUCUGGCACCACCACCCUUUCAGGGCUUCUCAACUCUGGGUUCUUAAUUUUCCCUCUCUUCCUCUUCACCUGCUUUGUCCAGAGUAAAGAGAAAUUUUUUGGUACUAAAGCAUCAGAACUCAAAAUUUUUGGUCUCAGACCCUUUUAACAGUCUUAAAACUGAGAAUCCCAGAUAGCUUUCGCUUAUUCUUUGUUCUUUGAGUGCUUAGCCAUAUUAGAUACGAAACGGGUACUUAGAACACAGAAAUACACAAACGCACGUUCCAAUAACUAUGAGAGCAACAAAGCCAUCACACCCCGUGAAGCCUCUGGAAGGCUCCACUUGUGAGGAGUGAGGAUGAAGGGACACGUGACCCGGUAGCUGUGACCUCAGGGGCUUCAUCAAAGAGUUGGUCUCUGGAUUAAGCUUUGAGAACCACUUGCCUUAGUGUUCCAGCUCAUGUCCAACUUCUCCCAGGCCAUUGCAGACAUUUGCAGUCUUCAUUUGUGUGGGGAGAGGGUAGUGUUCAGCAAAGUGAGUGCUAAUCAGAGGCCCUAAGGCCUGGGGUUUCCUGAGCGCUGCUGGGGCUGGCACACCCAGGGGAACACUACCUAUGAGCC